AUGCCGGUAGCUUCCAUGGCUUUAACGCCAUGUAGUAACUACCUUGCUCUAGAACAGAUGGAAGUGGAAGAGAAUGAAAAAAAAUGUGAUGAGUCUAACAAAUCAACGCGUCCAAUUCGUCAAAACUUUGACAUCGCCACAGGGUCUAGGAUGAUGAGUUGGUUGUGUUGGUUGGUUGGUUCGCAAGGGAUUUCACGUUUUAUCUUAGUUGAUCUACAGUCUUUUCCAAAGAUCGCGACAUCCUCACAUUACCACAAUCAAUUUACACCUACCUUUCUCGAUUUUGCCUCAUCGGUUCCAUCUUGUAACAAAACAUCAAGUUUCGCAAAAAUGCUUCAGACCCUCGUAAUUGUUCUCAUCUGCAUCGUGGCCGUCAUUGUUCUGAUCGGUCUAGCCGCAUUGAUCAACACGGCAACGAAGAAGACGGGACCUAACAUUCCUGUCUAA